AUGGGAAAGGGUGUGGUCGGCGGUCUGAAUGGGGAGGGUAAUGGCCGUCGGCAAGGACUAUAUGCUUCCGUUUUGGAGCUUGCGGAUUCAAUCCAUGCUGUUCAAAUGGCCCAAAAGUCUCGUGGAAUAGUUUCGGGAUCUCCAAUUAUAAAAAAGCAGCAAGACGAAGCCACUUUUCACAGCACCAGUAGGAAGAAGAAGAGACUAAUUGAAGAAAAAUGCAAGCACAGAAUGAACCGUCAUCAUGGAAGUCUCAGAAGAGAAUAUUUGAAGAAAGCUGUUUUGAAUGCUGAUAAUAUACCAAUGGAAAUUCCAAAGCCAAUGAUCAAUUUUAGCCUGCCAUUUGAAAAGUGCAUCAAACGUAGAAAUCUCCCAUACUCUGCUCUUGGCCCCCCAUAUUUCUAUUAUGAGAAUGUCGCUCUUGCUCCUAAGGGCGUUUGGGAUACAAUCUCACGCUUGCUAUACGAUAUAGAGCCCAAAUUCAUAGAUUCAAAGUAUUUCUGUACUGCCAUGAGAAAAAGUGCUUACAUCCACAAUCUCCCCAUUGAGAACAGAUUUCCACUUCUUCCUCUCCCCAGAAAGAUGAUACAGGAAGUAUUGCCCAACACAAAGAAAUGGUGGCCUAAAUGGGAUAACAGAACCCAGUUAAAUUUCUUUGCAGACCUGCACUGCUAG